GAUGACUGGCAGGCGCUCAUAUUAUCUCUGGACGGUGGUGCGAUCGGCCCACGCGCUGACGCGGGAACCCGGCGCGGUUGUCAUUGGUCGCGCGCUUCGCGGGGCGUGUUGCCUGGCGAUGUGGCCCGCAACGCGCAGAUUGGCAACGGCGGCGGCGGCUGCGGCGCCGUCGUCCCUGGCUGGGGGAGGGGCGGCGCCGCUCCACUUUUCACCGCGGGCGGGCGGCUGUUGCUAUCAGUCCAGCAGCCGGGCACGGAGGUUGAUUUCGCCUGCUUCUGUCGCGGUCCCGAAGGUGAACGGAGCGCGUAUACUUUUUAGAGAGAUCAACUACAAAAUUAUGCCUGAAAUAAAUACAGAUGAAUUGGAUAAGCAGCAAGUGGAGUUGCUGUCAGAGAUGUGCAUCCUAAUAGAUGAAAAUGACAACAGGAUUGGUUCAGACACAAAGAAAAACUGCCACCUGAAUGAAAACAUUGACAAAGGAUUAUUGCAUCGUGCCUUCAGUGUCUUUUUGUUCAACACAGAGAAUAAGCUACUGUUGCAACAGAGAUCAGAUGCCAAAAUCACUUUUCCAGACUGUUUUACCAAUACUUGUUGCAGUCAUCCACUAAGCACCCCCCUUGAACUGGAAGAAUAUAAUGCCAUCGGCGUUCGAAGAGCAGCACAGAGAAGACUGAAAGCUGAGUUAGGAAUUCCACUGGAUCAGGUCACUCCAGAAGAAAUCUUCUAUCUAACCCGAAUUCACUACAAAGCCCAGUCCAAUGGAACUUGGGGGGAACAUGAAAUAGAUUACAUCCUUUUCGUGCAGAAGAAUGUAACGCUGGAUCCAGAUCCCAAUGAAAUUAAAAGCUACUGCUAUGUGACGCAAGAAGAAUUGAGAAAACUCCUGGAAAAGGCUUCUCAAAAUGAAAUUAAGAUUACUCCAUGGUUCAAACUAAUUACAGAGGCGUUUAUCUUUAAGUGGUGGGAUAACUUGAAUAAUUUGAAGAGAUAUGUUGACCAUGAUAAGAUACACAGAAUGUAACAAAUUAGGCUGUUCUAAAAAUCAUACCUUAAUUUUUUCAUGCUGAGAAAGUUCAUUGUAACCAAUGUAUUUGUAGAUUGAUUGCAACAUAGAAAAUUAAGAAUAGGCCCCUUUAAGUGGACGCUAGAUAUUUACCUCACAUUGCAUAGCUGGCUUGCCCCUGGAAUAAUAUUUCUUUUUCUUUCAUUUCAUGGUAUUAAUAAAAAGUCAUUAACAAAUUUGCACUCCAUGAAAAACCAUUGUAAUUCUGAAUAGUCACUGAGCCACAAUGUCAUGGGAGUAAUUAUGGGUUGAUUACAAUCUCUCCCACAAUGUGAUUUGUUUGCACAAUAUGGAACACAUUGGCUAACCAGUCUUGUUAAAUGUAGGAAAAAUGGUGAACCUGAAAGUCGAUUCUAAAAGCUACCUUUCAUAUUUUAUACCUAAGUCUUGCUGAAGCAUGCACUGCAGCAGUUUUUCCAUGCCAUCCCCCCCUUCAAGUUACCCACUUAUCUUUCAAGUAAUUGACACUUUUAUGUUUAUACUUCAUACUGCGUUCAGUGUUCGACUUGCUUUCAAAGAACCUAUUCCGUUGUCAGCUAUCCUAGCACCUAAGAUGUACUUUCCCCAUUAGAAAAAACACCUGAUGUUUCAAACGAGAAAUGUUAAAAUUUCUGUAUCUGUAGAUUCUAAAUAUGUCUUACAGGAAUUAAGCUUAUGAUCUAAAA